AUGGACCUCAGUCGCAUCAAGUCCCAUGGACUCGGCCAUGUCGCGAUUGAUGACAGUGACACCGACAAUGGCCCCUCGGGCAAUGUUAUCGACGAUGGUCGCGUCAAAGUUCAAUUCCACGACACUCCCCAAGCCCUAGCCCAGUGGUGCGAACACCUGAAAGAGGCAUUCGCAGCCGACGGCGCAGAUUCAGAGCAUUUACUACCGCCCAAGCCGUCAAAACCGCGUCGAACAAGCACCGUUGCCUUCCUCCCGGGCGUAGAGAAGCCGGCCGAAGGUCCCCGACUAAAUAUUGCCAUCCAUAUCGUGGGCUCUCGAGGCGAUGUCCAGCCGUUUAUUCCGAUCGCGCAAUUGUUGAUGAAGCCUCCCUAUGGUCAUCGAGUACGCAUAUGCACGCAUGCUAGUUUCAAGGAAUUUGUGGAAGCACAGGGUGUUGAGUUCUUUAAUAUUGGCGGAGACCCCGAAGCUCUCAUGGCGUACAUGGUAAAGAACCCUGGACUAUUACCAAACAAGGACAGUCUCAAGGAGGGCGAUGUUGGUAAAAGACGAAAAGAAAUGAUGGAGAUUAUCUCUGGUACCUGGAGGAGUUGUAUCGAGGCUGGUGAUGGAAUGGGAGAUCCUGUUAAAGCUGCGACCGUGGAAAACGUGGAUGAUCUCUUCCUUGCAGAUGUCAUCAUUGCCAAUCCUCCAUCGAUGGGCCAUAUUCACUGCGCUCAAAAGCUCAACAUUCCAUUGCACAUGGUCUUCACAAUGCCGUGGUCACCUACCAAAGCGUUCCCCCAUCCUCUGGCUGCUAUGAGCUACGGAGAUGCCGACGCCAAGGUCGCCAACUACCUCUCUUUCAUGAUGAUGGAGCUUCUAACAUGGCAAGGGCUGGGCGAUCUCAUCAACAAGUUCCGCGGUCAAACACUUCACCUCGAUCCCAUUAGUCCAAUGUGGGGAUUCCAGCUUCUCUCCAGACUUCGCAUUCCAUACAGUUAUCUCUGGUCACAAACAUUGAUUCCCAAGCCUGCCGACUGGGACGAACACUUGAACAUCACCGGCUUUUCCUUCCUACCGCUCGCGAGCUCUUACACGCCUCCCAAAGACCUUCUGGACUUUCUUGAAGCAGGUCCUCCACCAAUUUACAUCGGUUUCGGAUCCAUCGUUGUCAAGGACCCGCAAGCGCUCACCAAUAUGAUCUUGAAGGCAGUCGAGCUCGCGGGGGUUCGGGCGAUCGUGUCGAAAGGGUGGGGCGGAGUCGGAGUUGGCGAGGUCCCCGAUAACGUCUAUCUCAUUGGGAAUUGUCCGCACGAUUGGCUCUUCCAACGAGUAUCCGCUGUUGUUCACCACGGUGGCGCCGGUACGACCGCUGCCGGUAUCGCGGCCGGCCGCCCAACUGUUAUCGUUCCCUUCUUCGGAGACCAGCCUUUCUGGGGUCAGAUGAUGGCUCGCGCUGGCGCAGGGCCCGUAUCAGUGCCGUACAAGGAGUUGACAGCGGAAAUACUGGCAGACAGUAUUAAGUUUGCUCUCAAACCAGAGGUGCAAGAAGUCGCUAAGGAUAUGGCUAUUCAGAUUGGUGAAGAGGAUGGAGCUGGUGGCACUGCUCAGGAUAUUCAGGACCGCCUUGACAUUGACAGCCUUCGUUGCGACAUUUGUCCUGAUAGGCUGGCGAGUUGGCUUGAUCGCAAGACAGGAGCGCAUCUCAGUGGUUUCGCCGUCGGUUGUCUCAUAGAUGCUGGGCUCCUGCAGUCCCAGAACCUCAAACUACUCAGGCAUAGACAUUGGUACGUGGAUGAAGGAGCCGAGUACCCUCUCGUCGGUGCCGUAGCUGCUGUGUCAGGCUUCGCCUCAGCCAUAGGAACCGCCACAUCCGAUUAUGCCGAACGCCUAAGACAUUCCCCAGGUCGCGGAAAGACAAGGCGCUCCAGCAUCGACGACACGCAAGAAGAGGUCUUGACAGAUCCCGAAGAAGCCAAGACGGGAGAAGCCCGACUCCGGAAAGGUCCACGUGGUGCAAAUCAGAAAGACAUGGAAAUACUGGCACGGAAAUUGGCAACCAAGACACUCAACGGCGCCGAGCCCGUCUUCCUUACUCCGAAACUGCGUCGACCUGUUACGGGCCUUCACCAGAAGCACAAAAGGGCAUGGAGGGCCCAUGAAGGUGGAAGAAAUGGCCGCGUCUUCUAUGUUACACGUGUGACAGGUAAAUACGUAGGCGACCUUGCUGCAGCCAGCGCGAGAGCACCCGUGGCUUUCUUCUACAACAUCGCCAACGGAUUUCACAACGCCCCGUCCAAUUUCUGGAAUGUUGAAGUUCGACGCCGUGAUGAAAUAACAGGACUAGGCAGUGGACUCAAGGUUGCAGGCAAGGAGUUCGUCUUGGGCUUUUAUGAUGCUUUCAGCGGAAUCGUAACAAAGCCUUAUGAAGAUACUAAAGCUCGAGGAAUCAAGGGUCUCGGAAGAGGCUUGCUAAGAGGUGGAUUUGGAGUCUGUGGUAAUUUGGGUGCAGGCAAGUCACUGUCACCCCCCUUAGUCCCAGAGACACGAGUUGCUAACCAUACCACAGCAUGCUUUGGUCUCCCAGGAUAUGCUCUUAAAGGUCUCGAGAAGGAGAUGAUGAAGCAUACAACAACGCGCUUAAACGCGGAGCUAUUACUGAUCAGGCUGAGACAGGGCCAUCAGGAUUGGCAGAAAGCGACUGAGGGAGAACGGGAGGAAGCUUUUUAA